GCCGCCGCCGCUGCCGCCGCCUGAGCCGCCAGCCCCGGGGCCGCCGCGCCGACCGCCGCCGCCAUGAACAUCUUCCGGCUGACCGGGGACCUGUCCCACCUGGCGGCCAUCGUCAUCCUGCUGCUGAAGAUCUGGAAGACGCGCUCCUGCGCGGGUAUUUCUGGGAAAAGCCAGCUUCUGUUUGCACUGGUCUUCACAACUCGUUACCUGGAUCUUUUUACUUCAUUUAUUUCAUUAUAUAAUACAUCUAUGAAGCUUAUCUACAUUGCUUGCUCCUAUGCCACCGUGUACCUGAUCUACAUGAAAUUUAAGGCAACCUACGAUGGAAAUCAUGAUACCUUCCGAGUAGAGUUUCUGGUGGUCCCUGUGGGAGGCCUCUCAUUUCUAGUCAAUCAUGAUUUCUCUCCUCUCGAGAUUUUGUGGACCUUCUCCAUCUACCUGGAAUCUGUGGCGAUCCUCCCACAGCUUUUUAUGAUCAGCAAGACUGGGGAGGCAGAGACCAUCACUACCCACUACCUAUUCUUCCUGGGCCUCUACCGCGCUUUGUAUCUUGUCAACUGGAUCUGGCGCUUCUACUUUGAGGGCUUCUUUGACCUCAUUGCUGUGGUGGCCGGUGUAGUCCAGACCAUUCUAUACUGCGACUUCUUCUAUUUGUACAUUACAAAAGUGCUCAAGGGAAAGAAGCUAAGUUUGCCAGCGUAAGUGCCAAAGACCAUCGCCAGCAUCUGUCCUUCAGGGUGCUUGGACAGAAUUCUUACAGCAAAGGUGUAAGAUGCUUGAUACGGAAAAUCAGAAACUUCGCUCUUUACUACAGAUAGUCAUCAGCAGCUCUGUAAGAACACAGAGGAAAAGAACCAGAGGGUUUCUGUUUAAUGCAUCUUGCCUUAUCCUUUUUUAUUACUAUGUACAAAGAUUUUUUUACACAAAGAAACUUAAUGCUGUAUUAAUACAUUCAGUAUGUAGCUUCAAUUCAGGUAGUUCCAAAAGUGAAGAUUUUGUGAGGAAUAAGUGCAAACCUUUUUUUUUUUUUAAUUUUAAAAAACUCUUUGAAAUUGUUGAUUCUUUGUGUCUGUAAUGAAAAUUGUACUCCUUGACAGUUGGUAGAUUAUAUAUUCUUCCAUCUAUCAAACUUGCAUUCCACUAUAUUUAUUUUUUGCCAAAAGAUGAGUUGUUUGUUUGAAAUCUGAGACACUAUGUUCAAUUUGGUGCGUGUGUUCACACUGAUCACCUAACAUGGACGGCCUUCCUUAGACAUCACAACACUACAAUUAAGGCUGGUAAGGAUGACUUGCAAGUCUUAACGUUUUUCAUUACCAAAAUUUUAAGGUUCUGAAUGUAUGGAGUAUCAUUUAAGGGUCACCAAAAGUGACUGCCCCCUGCCCCUGCUGAGAAGUGUCCCUUCGAGACUGUCCCGGGGUGCUGAAGGAACUCAGGGGGCAGGAGUUCUGGGCUGCUUACCAUCUGAGUGUGGGACAGAGGGCCAUCAAUGGUUAUUUUGGACAUAGGGCUCUCCUUAGGAAAGGAACACAAGUACUUAUCUGUCACAUAAUUUUCCAAGAGAAUACUACAACCAUGUCCAUGCUCAGAUUCAAACAGUUUUUCCUAUCACUUUUGGGGAGUAAAAUGAUAGACACUUUUUUUUUUCCAACUGGCAGCACAAAUUACCAUUCCUUAUUCUUACUUUUUUUUUUGGUUUGGUUUUUGUUUUCAUUUUUUUACCAAGCUCUUGCAUGAUUUUUCUUGUGUUACCGUCCUAAAUAAACAUUUUAUUAAAAUAGAAUAAA